CAUUUGUUCUCAGCAUCACAGAAGCAGAAAAAUCCAAACGUGCAUCAUUAGCCCGAGUUUAUAUUGAUUUUGUACGAUUCUGCUGAUAAUUGCGGAUAAAAUAAAGUUUCAGUGCAUUUACACCGACAUUAUCAACCGAUUUGAUAUGGAUACCAGUGGAGAUAGGAUAGAAAAGCUAUACAAAAACUAUGAGAUACUAACCGACGCUUUGGACAAGAUUGGAGAACAUGAAAUCGAGUAUCGUGAAAUACUGGAUGCGGUUAAAGGAUCCGCAAAGGAGAAGCGAUUGGCGUCUCAAUUCAUAGGAAAGUUUUUCAAGUACUUUCCCACAUUGGCUGAUUUUGCUAUCGACCGGCAAUUGGAUCUCUGCGAGGAUGAAGACGCACAGAUUCGCAAGCAAGCUAUCAAAGAUCUUCCGCAACUGUGUAAGGAAACCAAGGAACACACGCCAAAAAUAGCCGACAUUCUCGCCCAAUUACUCGUCACGGAGGAUGUAAAUGAGCUACAACAAGUACAUCAAUCUCUUCUGACAUUGGCUAAGCUCGACGCAACUGGUACUCUGACAGGAAUAUUCAGUCAAAUAGUGUCUGGAGAUGAGCCAACACGUUAUCGAAACUUCCAAUUUAUCUUGAACAAGAUAAUGAAGAUCGGAUCGGAUGUCAUCACGAAGGAGGUUGAAGACUUUAUCAUCGCCGAAAUCAAGAAGAUUCUUUUGGAUGUCAGCGCCGACGAGUUCCACUUGUGUAUGUCAAUAUUGAAUCAAACUAAGUUGAGCAAAACCGUUACAGGACACGCUGAACUGGUGUCAAUUGCCACUGAGCAGGCUGAUUUGGAAGCGGAUUUAGGAGCGCUAGCCUCCGAUGAUGAAACCGUGGAGAGGUUUAUUCAAUGCGCCAGCGAGGCUAUGCCAUAUUUUUCGUCACAAGUUGAAUCUACUCAAUUCAUCAAGUUUAUGUGCGAAAAGUUAUUGCCAUUGAAUGUCUGGACCUUGAUUGGAGCUGGGGAGGACCAGCAUACAACCCAGCUGCGGUUGCUGAAGGUGUUCGCCGAAAUGUGUUGCUUCUGUGGAACUCUCGAGAAGCCAGCGGAAAAGGUUGAAGCAAUCUACAACGUAUUAUUGGAAUAUAUGCCCCUGCCACCUGCAGACGCCGACAUGAACGAGACUCCCUCGUUCCAGUUUUCUCACGCCGAGUGUUUACUGUAUGCUCUGCACACUUUAGGUAAACAAGCCGGAGACUCACUAACGUUUCCAAAUGAUGCAGCCAAAUUGAAGGAUUUCCGUUCGAGACUACAAUAUUUAGCACGUGGAACACAGGGUUACAUUAAAAAGCUGCAAGAAUCCGUGAAGGGUAAAACGUCUGAAGAGGCUAAAUCGGAGGAGAAUCAAAUUAAAAUUACUGCAUUGAAAACAACAUCUAAUAUCAGCACAUUGAUUCGGGAUCUGUUUCACACGCCGCCCAGCUUCAAGUCGGCGAUUCAUCUUUCAUGGGUUCCACCAAAAACAAAGGGGGACUCAAAAUCUCCCGGAAAGCGUCACGCUGCAAUAACCUUCGAUGAAAAUGGCAAGUCGGGUGAUUCGAAAGGGCCGAAACAAUCCAAAAGCAGUUCGGGUACCCAAAAGGUGUACACACCCCCUUCCGGCAAAUAUUCGGCCAAAGUGCAGAACUACUCCAAAAACGCAGUAGGUGGCGGUGGCAGUAGCAGCAACGGCGGACGGCGUUCUGGUGGUAACAGUGGCGGUGGAGGCGGAGGCGGAUUCCGUCGGAACAGCUUCGGCGGAAGAGGAGGCGGUGGCGGAAGAAGGAGGUACUAAAGCGGACAAGCAACAUAAUCGAAGCGUAAAAUGGUGAGAUAAUGGUGUGGUCGAAAAGAGUACGAAUUCCAAUACUGCCUUAUUCCCUUAAAAAUAUUACUUUCUAAUGUUUUUGUGAGUUUGUUCUAAUUGAGAACAUUGUCACUCGAAUUAAUUUGAUUUGGUUUGGCUAAAAAUUUUGUUAUUGUACCAUUACAAUAGUAUAAGUAUAAGAUAUUUAGUGAAUGUGACGAGCUCUUCGCGGGAUUAUCGUUGGACCACAACUUUCGGAGAGACAGCAUGCCGCAGCACAUCGGAAUCAGCCCUUCCAGAAGUCUUAUUACAGGAAUAAGCUCGGACCACAAUGUUCUUAACGAAAUCAUAUGUCGACUGACCAUUCACCUUCCCCCUUUUGAACUCAUACCUUUUCUAGAAAAUGCAUAAGUUGAGUUGAUUUUGAUUGAAUAAUGAUUUUUAACACCUCCCCUCAUAAGAUUUUCAACCCAGCUUCAUAUAUCCCCUGUAUUGUGAUCAGUCGUACUCUUUUGUGACCCACCCAACAUGAAUUUUGAAAGAAAUAUCAGCGUUGGAUACUGUCAGUGGAUGCUUACAACUGCACGGAAAAAAAACUUCUGUUCGUCAGACAAGUCAUUCAUUAAGUGCUUGUUUAUAAACAACUGAUUAGAAGCAUGGAGAGUGAGCGGUCGAACGGAAGUGUUCGAGUUCUUUCGAUUGAAAAUAACAUUUAUUUAUUUUGCAAAUUUGAGUAACAAGUUCCAAGGAAAAAAAAUGUGACGACAGCCUCCAGGCGGUCACUGACAGAAUGUCAUUCGUUGCGCUGAAGAAACGCGCUAAUCAGAUUUUCCAAUAUACCGAAACUCACAUAUUACAUACACAAUAAAUGCGUCGACGAUUCAAGGUCGUUUAGAACUCGAUCGUCAACAUUUUAUAGUGCACUGCUAGUGAAGCAAUUUCUUGCAGUUAUAUUAAUACAAUCUUCUAUAUAACAAAAUCUAUUUAAUAUUUCCCAACCAAUAAACGUUCUAGUGAGUAGAAACAAA